AUGGUUGGAGUAUUUGUUGGCAAGGUAAAUGCACAACAAAACAAUGGUGGUGGAAACAAUGGUAGUAGAAACGAUGGGGGUGGAAACAAUUGGGGUGAAAACAAUGGUGGUGAAAACAAUGGGGGUGGAAACAACGGGGGUGGAAACAAUGGCAGUGGAAACAACAACAAUGGAAACAACGGUGGGGGAUACAAUGGUACUGUUGGAAAUAAUGGUGAUGGAAACAAUGGUGGUGGAAACAAUGGCAAUGGAAACAACGGUGGGGGAUACAAUGGUACUGUUGGAAAUAAUGGUGGUGGAAACAGCGGUGGUGGAAACAAUGGCAAUGGAAACAAUGGUGGGGGAUACAAUGGUACUGUUGGAAAUAAUGGUGGUGGAAGCAACGGCAAUGGAAACAACAAUGGUGGAAACAAUGGAGGUGGAAACAACGGUGGUGGAAACAACGGAGGUGGAAGCAACGGCAGCGGAAACAACAGUGGUGGAAAUAAUGGCGGUGGAAACUAUGGUACUGGAAACAACGGCACUGUUGGAAAUAAUGGUGGUGGAAGCAACGGCGGUGGAAAUAAUGGAGGUGGAAGCAACGGCAAUGGAAACAACGGUCCUGUUGGAAGUAAUGGUGGUGGAAGCAACGGCGGUGGAAACAACGGCAGUGACAACAGUAAUGCUCCUGGAAACAAUAACGGUACUGUUGAAAAUAAUGGUGGUGGAAACAAUGGAGGUGGAAACAACGCUGGUGGAAACAAUGGUGUUGGAAAUAAUGGCGUUGGAAACAAUGGAGGUGGAAACAACGGCGUUGGAAGCAAUGGUGGUGGAUCAGAAUGCAUGAAUCAACUCAUGCCUUGCCUCAACUUCUUGAAUAAUCAGGGAAACAGCCAGGAUCCACCUGAUAGCUGUUGUGAUCCACUUAAAUCUAUGAUAAAGUCUAGUCCACAAUGCUUAUGUAGUAUGAUAAGCAAUCAAGGUACUAAAACCGCCGAAAGUGCAGGCAUCAAUGUUACUAAAGCACAAGAAUUGCCAGCCAGAUGCGGUGAACGUGUCAACCCUAUCUCAUGCAUUACCACCACGAAUAAGAAUACUCCAGGGACAAGUGAUUCCCAAAGCUUGAGCAAUUCAAGGAUCUACUUCUUGUUUCCAUUAAUGCUAAUUGCAGCUCUAUUUGGUUCAUGA